AUGACUACUAGAGACAAAUGGAGAAUGUACAAGAGUGUAUCCCUGAUGUUCUUCCUGGCUGUGGUAACACUGACGGUGGUCCAGAGGGGUAACAUAAGCACUGGAGAGCAGUUCCAGAUUGAGAGACACACCCGUAUGGAGCCUGCGAUGGAAGGAGAGUUACAAAGGAAGGGUUUCUACCCUGGAACUGGACGCUUCUGGAAAGGCAACAAGCUCAAGGUGGUGGAGGAAACCACAGAGGAUCCAGUGGUCACCUCAAACAGAAGGUCUAAAGGCUGGGACGUCACUAGUUCCAACUGCAGCGCUAACUACAACUUCACCUCCUCAGAUUGGUUCACAAAUCUGGAGCCCAACUUCAAACAGUUCUUGUUUUACAGACACUGCAGAUAUUUCCCUAUGACAAUCAACCAUCCAGAGAAGUGUUCGGGGGACAUUCACCUGCUGAUGGUGGUCAAGUCAAUCAUCACGCAGUACGAUCGAAGGGAGGUGAUAAGGAAAACCUGGGGCAAAGAACAAGUGAUUAAUGGUAAGAGAAUCAAGACCCUCUUUCUCCUGGGUGCCUCAUCUAAUGAGGCAGAGCGAGCCAAUCAUCAGAAGCUGCUGGAGUAUGAGGAUUACAUCUAUGGGGACAUCUUACAGUGGGAUUUUCUGGACACUUUCUUCAACCUGACUCUCAAAGAAACCCAUUUCCUCAAGUGGUUCUCCACUUACUGCGACAAUGUGCGCUACAUCUUCAAGGGGGAUGAUGAUGUGUUUGUCAGUGUGGAGAACAUCUUGGAGUACCUCGAGGCCAGCCGUGAUGUGAAAGAUCUCUUUGUUGGAGACGUGCUGUUCAAGGCCAAACCAAUUCGUAAGAAGGAGAACAAGUACUACAUUCCUGUAGCCUUAUACAACAAGACUCACUAUCCUCCGUAUGCUGGUGGUGGCGGAUUUCUGAUGGCUGGUCCUUUGGCCCGGAAGCUCUACGGGGCCUCUGAAACUCUGGAGUUAUACCCAAUCGAUGAUGUGUUUCUCGGCAUGUGUCUGGAAGUGCUUCAGGUCACCCCAAUAAAGCACAAUGCAUUCAAGACGUUUGGACUUGUGAAGAAUAAAAAUAGCAAACUCAACAAGGAACCUUGUUUCUAUAAGAGCAUGAUAGUGGUACACAAAUUGCUGCCCAAAGACCUUAUGAACAUGUGGGAAAUGGUUAACAGUGACCUGAUAUGUUCACAGAAAGUACAGGUCUUAUAG